AUGUUAGCAUAUCAUAAUGCAUCCAUGGGUUUUGGCGCUAUGCAUACAGAUGACAUAUUAUCAUAUGAUAAUAAUCACGGUUAUACGAAUUAUCAACAUCAAUAUGAACUUAAUCAAUUAGAAACAUCAAGAACUCAACAAUGUUUAAAAAAAACAACAAAAUUUUUACUUUCACACAUUGGUUUAGUUGGUCUUGUUGUUGUUUAUGCUGUAGCUGGUGGAUUUUUAUUUCAAUUACUUGAAGAACGCCAAGAAAAACUUAAUUGUCAAGAAGCACAAAGUGAACAAAUUGUCGAAAUAAACAAUUUGAAACAAAAAAUUGUUAAUUAUAUACAAAAAAAUACAACGACAUCAACAGAUUUUUUUGCAGUUGGAAAAGAUAAUACAACAAUUGCAUUUGCAAAAAUUGGCUCUAUGUUAUAUGAAUAUCGAGAAUUUAUUAUUGGUAUAAAUUCAAAAUAUCAAUAUUAUGUUGAUGAUUGUGGACAUCUUCGUCAAUGGAGUUAUGCUAAUUCAUUACUUUUUUCAAUUACAGUUAUAACAACUAUUGGUUAUGGAAAUAUAACACCAACGACAUGGGAAGGUCAAUUAUGUUGUAUAUGUUAUGCAACAAUAGGUAUACCAAUAUUUCUUUUAUGUCUAGCAAAUAUAAGUGGUGUACUUGGCGAAAUGUUUCGUUUUCUUUAUGCUAAAGUUUUAUGUCUACCAUGUUUAAUUGUAAGACAUCAUCGUACAUUAGCAAAUAAAGUUAAACUUGGAGAAGACAAUGGAAUAAGUACAGAUCGUGCAGAUCCUAAUGAUAGAACAUUAGACGAUGGAAAUAAGAAAAAUCCAUUAAGAAAAUUAUCAAAUAGAAUAGUAAUUGAUGAUGAAUUAUAUGAAGAAGAAAAUCGAAAAUAUCAUCGUGUUGCUGUACCAUUAACAAUUACAAUGCUUAUUAUUGCAGCAUAUAUAUGGAUUGGUUCUGCUUUAUUUCAUAAUUUUGAAGAUUGGUCGAUGAUGGAAGCAGGAUAUUUUUGUUUUAUUACAUUGGCAACGAUUGGAUUUGGUGAUUUUACUCCCGGUCAACGAAAAGGCGAUGUCAAUUCAAGUCCAAAACUUCUUCUUGGAGCUGUAUAUGCUCUUUUUGGAAUGGCUAUCUUAGCAAUGUGUUUCGAUUUAAUGCAAGAAGAAAUAGUAGCAAAAUUUUAUUGGAUUGGUACAAAAAUUGGUAUUAUUGAAAAAUAUGAUGAAAAUAAUAAUCAAAUAGAUCAAAUAUCUAAUACUAAUACUAAAAAUAAAAAUCGUUCAUCAACAUCAACAUCAUCAUCAUCAUCAAUCAAUGAUUCUAAUAUAAGAAGAAAUACAAAUCGUACAAUAAUUGAUAAUGAAAAUGAAAAUGAUUUAUCAAAACAACAUCAUUCGACUGUAAAACGUAAAAUUAGUCCACGAUAUAAUCCAGCUCGUAUUCAUCCAAUAGAAUCUGGUGGAGGUGAUGAAGCAACUCCUUAUCAACGAGUAACUGCUACAAAAUUUAAUUAA